GCAGCCGCGGCGGUGUCGGUGAACGAGCGCCGGGCGGGGACCGAACUACCGGCGGCCGGGAGGAAGCGGGGCCGGGCUCGGGAGCGGGGCCGCGGCCCGGGAGCGGGAUGCGGUGGCGGCCCGGGACGCUGCCUCGCUGCUUGAGGCGACACCAUGCACCCGGCCGUGGCGGUGGGGCUGGUGUUCGGCGGCUGCUGCAGCAACGUGGUGUUCCUGGAGCUGCUGGCCAGGCAGUUUCCAGGAUGUGGGAACAUAGUGACAUUCUCCCAGUUCCUAUUUAUUGCAGUGGAAGGUUUUAUCUUCGAAACCAACUUUGGGAGGAAGAAGCCAGCCAUACCAAUAAGGUACUAUUUCACCAUGGUAGCCAUGUUCUUCACUGUCAGUGUGGUGAAUAACUAUGCCCUGAACUUAAAUAUCGCCAUGCCGCUGCACAUGAUCUUCAGAUCGGGUUCUCUCAUAGCAAGCAUGGCUCUAGGUAUCAUCAUUUUGAAGAAAAGAUACAGCGUAUCUAAAUACACAUCCAUAGCCCUGGUGUCAGUGGGGAUCUUCACCUGCACUUUCAUGUCUGCAAAGCAAGUGGCAUCUGACUCCAGCUUAAAUGAAGAGGAUGGACUCCAGGUGUUCUUGUGGUGGCUGCUAGGUAUUGCUGCUCUCACCUUCGCCCUCCUCAUGUCUGCCAGGAUGGGGAUUUUCCAGGAGACCCUGUACAAGCAGUUUGGGAAGCACUCCAAAGAGGCCCUUUUUUACAAUCAUGCGUUACCACUCCCAGGCUUUCUGCUCCUUGCCCCCAACAUCUACCACCAUGCAGUCCUCUUCAGCCAGUCCGAGCUAUUCGAGGUCCCAGUGAUCGGGCUGACCCUGCCAAUCAUGUGGUUCUACCUCCUCAUGAACAUCAUCACUCAAUACGUCUGCAUCCGCGGCGUGUUCAUCCUCACCACGGAGUGCACAUCCCUCACGGUCACACUGGUGGUGACCCUCCGCAAGUUCGUCAGCCUCAUCUUCUCCAUCCUCUACUUCCACAACCCCUUCACAGCCUGGCACUGGCUGGGCACUGCCUUUGUCUUCGUGGGGACUCUCAUGUACACCGAGGUGUGGAACAGCCUCGGGCCCUUCCUGGCUCGCUGGAGGAAGAGGCCAAAGGAGGAUUAACAGCCUGGACCUCUCUGCAGGGACCUUUUUAUUGUUUUAUAGAGUGGAGCAGCACGGAAUGCCCCAAAAGGGGUUGUUUUAUAACACAGGGGAGGUGUUGGCUGUGCCAAGCUCCUGGGAAACAUGGAGCCUCCACUGGGAACCUACUGAAAUGGAUCAUGGAGAGACAAUGCGGUUAUUUUUGCAACCCCUUUUGCUUCCAACUUCUCCCCCUGUUUUUGUUCUCCCGUUUGAGGAACCCUUUUAAAGUAGUGGAAAAGCUGACCCAGUUCUCUGUUAGGAGCCCAGCCUUGUCAUGGUGCUGUUGUCCACUCCUCCAGCUUUGAUGAGCUGGACCCUGAACCUCUUUGGUACCGUCCUUUAACAUCCAGGGGAACUGCUGUUUGUGCAGCAGGUUGUUGGUUACACUGGAAGUUCCAGGCAUGGCUGUUAACCUUAGUCCUUGUUGCCUGAUCCUGCUACCCCUGUGCUCUGCUCCUGUAGAGCCUUCCAGUCUGCCCAGUAGGUCCUUCACUGGGAGGUGGCUCAGGAGGCUGAUUCUCAAGCAACUGAGCUCCCAUCGCUAGCAGCAGGGAGUAGUUGAGAGCCUGAGGAAACCCAAAGUGGACAGAAAGUGCCACUGUGUCACCUUCUCAUCCUUCUCAUGGAGAUAGUGAAGUGCUGUUGAGGCUUUGCUGAAUCAUAGAACGGUUUGGGUUGAAGGGACCUUCAAAGCUCAUCUAGUCCAACCCCCCUGCAAUAAGCAGGGACAUCUUCAACUAGAUCAGGGUCCUCAGGUGUUGCUGUGAUACUUCACCAGCCAGAGGGUGUGCUGGGUUCCUCCUGCCUUGGUUUAAGUCCUCAGUACAGGUCACUUUCCAGAUGCUUCCUACUUUUCCCCUCAUCACAAUCAUGUGCAGUGGGUUUUGUUACUCAGCUUGUGCUGAGCCCCCAGCGUGCCCUUGAUCCCCCCCAGAUCCAGCCCCACCUCAGGGUUCAAAUGAUGCCAAGGAACUUAAGGGCCAGUACAACUGAGCUUAUUUCUGCUGCUGGGGGUGGUUUUACUGUCCCUUCAUCCUGUUCUCUACUUGUCUUCUCCCACCCCUUGGGCAUCAGCUUGUGGCAUUUCUGUACAUCAUAGCAGUAUCCAACUGGUACAGGAUUGGUGUCUCCAAGAGCUUUGGGUGUGUAUCCCCAUCAGUGCAGGCAAUACAUGUGGCCAGCAAGGUGAGGAGCAGCAGCCACAGCUCUUUUGGGACCUGCUCAGUGUUGGGCAGAGCAAGUUGUCUCAGCUUUGGACCAUGAGGAGCACUGUUUUGUGCUGCCUCAGUUGUCCUGGAGCACCUUGUUGCCAUCAUCGUGGUACUAUCCCUGCUCUACUGUGAUAGUUAAGGCAUCCAGAAUGUCAACCUGAUUCACAUCCAGCUUGGCCAAGUAAGGACUGUUACUCCUCCACCCAGCAUCCCGAUAGCUUCCAAUGUGAUUCCAACCCAUCUCCCACUGUUAGAGCUAUGUCCAGCCCAUCCUGAGCAAUGGCCACCUUUCCAAAACCUCCUCCCUGAUGGUUUUGUUGCUGAUUUUUGUCUGUAUCAGCUCUCAUGGACAUGCCCCUUCCCAGCUUCUUGCCCACCAUGGUCUAACCAUUGGUGGGGGUCACUGGGAGAAAAGGGGAACCCUUGGUGCAGUGCAAGUGCUGAAGCACUGGUGUCUUCUCAGGAUGGUUUUAGCCACCAACCCAAAGCCCAGCGGUGUAUGGACCACUAACUAUGGAAAUGGUUAGCUCCAUCCCAACAGUGACAUGAUGCUGAUGGGACCCACAGCUCCUUCCUGAGGUGCUGUGAAGGGUUUUCUCUUCUGGAUUGAGUUUUCCUGAGCCUGGAAAAUCUCUUAUGUCUUGAGUGUCAGAUACGGGAUGUUUCCAAGGAUUCUGUAGAUGGGGACACUGUUUCCCAGCAUCUCCUGUGGGUCAGGUCUCCCUUCCAGCUCCUUGCACAGGCUCCAGGAUGGAGGAUCUUGCUCCUCAAGGCUGUUAACACAGAGCUUCAGCUGCAAGAGGGAGGAGGGGAAGGCACCACAAAUUCAGCAUCAGGGACUGAGUAACUUGUGAGGAUUUAGCAGAGCAACAGCUGAGCAGUGCCUGAGUGAGUGUAACCUGUACAUAGACACUCACUGGGUCACUCUUUGUCAAGAUCACAUCUUGUUUCCAGUUCCUGUCCUGCUGGUAGGCUUGGGGCUGUUUGGGUUUCCCUUCUUCUAACCAUGUGCUGUCCUUGGUCUUCUCUCAAACCAAGUGUCAACGAUGGGUUGAGAUUUGUUCUUGUCAGGGGUAUUUUUAUGUGAUUUGUGUCUUUCUGUAUAUUUAUAACUCUUACAAUGUCAUAGAAGAUGCAGCGAUUCCCUUCCUGCUGCAGGAGAGCAUUGAGCUUGCCCAGUUGUGAGACAAAGAAAGGUCCAUGAAAAAGGGGCCCCAUUAGCCAAAAGUAGUAUUUAAAUCCAGGUCUUUCACCCCCCAAAAAAUGGGGCUAUUGAUGUGCUUGAUUUUAAUGUUCUAGAGAUAAUAGCACAGAUUUUUUAGCAGAGGCUGGACAAGUGGCUGAGCCAAAAAGCUUUUUGAUCAGUGUCAAGCUUUUGGGUUGGUUGGUUGGGUUUAGGGUGGUGUUUUUGUUGGGUUUUUAAAAUAUGAAAUAAAUCUGUAUCCUCUUCAAAGUA